AUGUCUCGAUCUCUACUAUCGUUGCAGUCGUUGAGCGCAAUAGCGAUGAGGUGUGCGUCCACUGCGGGCUCUUCACCGAUGGUCAGGACUCCGGUCCCGCUCUUCGGCAUCGAUGGCCGCUAUGUGUCUGCCAUCUGGUCGGCCGCCUCUAAGCAGAAGAAGUUGGACGCCGUGGACAACGAACUCAAACAACUGUUGACACUCACUCAGAAAGACGUUCGCUUUAAGGACCUGCUCUUCAAUCCGUUGAUUAAGGUAUGCGUCCAUUGA